UAUCCCGGGAAGCAGCUGAGAUCAUAGAGUCGCGGGGAAGGUAGUUAGGCGCUCGCCGCGGUGGCGUGUGGGAUGCGGGAGGGCUCGGCAGGGGAGGCAGCUGGAGCGGCGGAGGCGGCGCAGGCUCGGGGGCCUUGGGCUCAGCGUCUGAAACUUGGAGUGACCAAACAUGUCUCAAUCAGGUGAAAAAGUAAAGUUCUCUGACUCAGCAGGCUAUGUGGGAUUUGCUAAUCUGCCUAACCAGGUCCACAGGAAGUCUGUAAAGAAGGGCUUUGAAUUCACACUGAUGGUGGUUGGUGAGUCUGGUUUGGGCAAAUCCACUUUAAUUAACAGUCUGUUCCUGACUGAUCUUUAUCCAGAACGUUAUAUUCCUGGAGCUGCAGAGAAAAUAGAGAGAACAGUUCAAAUUGAAGCUUCUACAGUAGAGAUAGAGGAACGAGGGGUGAAACUACGUUUAACAGUAGUUGACACACCAGGAUAUGGAGAUGCCAUUAACAGCCAAGACUGCUUCAAAACAAUUAUCCAGUACAUUGACAACCAGUUUGAAAGAUACCUUCAUGAUGAGAGUGGUCUCAACAGGCGCCACAUUAUAGACAACAGAGUCCAUUGCUGUUUUUACUUCAUUUCUCCCUUUGGGCAUGGGCUGAAGCCAUUAGAUGUAGAAUUCAUGAAGGCUCUUCAUGGAAAAGUCAACAUUGUCCCUGUGAUUGCUAAGGCUGACACACUGACACUGAAGGAGAGAGAGAGGCUGAAGAGAAGAGUUCUGGAUGAGAUUUCUGAACACGGCAUUAGGAUUUAUCAGCUUCCUGAUGCAGAUUCUGAUGAAGAUGAGGAAUUUAAAGAACAAACCAGGGUUCUGAAGGCUAGCAUUCCCUUUGCUGUUAUUGGAUCCAAUCAACUUAUUGAGGUGAAAGGGAAAAAAAUCAGAGGCCGUCUGUAUCCCUGGGGAGUUGUUGAAGUUGAAAAUCCAGAGCACAAUGAUUUCCUUAAAUUGCGCACAAUGCUGGUAACACACAUGCAGGACCUGCAGGAGGUGACCCAAGAUUUGCACUAUGAGAACUUCCGUUCAGAGAGGCUAAAGCGAACUGGCAAGCCUGUUGAAGAAGAAGUUGUAGACAAGGAUAGAAUCCUCCAGCAGAAAGAGGCUGAGCUGCGCCGCAUGCAGGAGAUGAUUGCCCAGAUGCAAGCCCAAAUGAGGAUGAAGCCUGGUGAUGAUUAAGAUGCUUAACAUCUGGGUGCAUUAGCAGUAUACAGUUCUCUAACGGAUGGGUGCUCUGUUUUCUUUGACCGAAUGGUAUCGUUCAAAUGCAAAAGCUGGACGCUGCAGACCAAGACCUGCAUUAAAACAAACACAAAGUCUGAAGAUUGUGUUGUAAAACAGCUUAUUUUAUAUAUUCAAUGUUAAUCAAGUUAUACUGUAUCUUUUUGACUCUUUUGGUAACACUGUCUUCAUACUUAGAAAUGUGGUUUUGCUAUCCCUUCCUGUACGUUUGAUACAGAAGCUGAUGUAGUACACUGUUUGGACUAGUGAUUGUGAUGGGUUUAAGGAGUUAAUCGUGUUUCUGCUAGGUGAUUCUGAACAGUUUUGUGAUUAAUACUAAAAGAUUUUGUGGCCUGUUUACAGUAACUGUAUGUGUUUGCACAGUAUCGUAGCUUUUAUUCGCCAUUUUAAGCCAUUAUGUAUCUUAUCAUUAGUUUAUUCAUAAUUUUUACUGUGCUUUAGUUACUCUUGUAGCUUCAUCUCUGGUGAUUUGCAUAUGUGUAAUGUAUGAGAAUGUGUACAAAACACUGAUGAUUCACCAGUGAUGCAAAGAAGCUGAAUUUUCUAAAUCAGUGUGCCUUAAAAUAUUAUAAACACUAUGCAUGCCAAAAACCUUCAUGGAUGCCUCUGAAGAUUUGUCUUCAGUUCUGAAGUAUUGCUUGCAAGAAUUUCUGUCACAGGCAUUUUUAUCUCUCAGCUGAGUGAUGGCAUGUACUGAACUUUUUAUAUACCGUAACACUAAUUUUCAUUGAGGUUUUGUAAUAAAUUGUAUGAAUGUGGAAAAAAACCUGAAUUUUGUUUUUCAGCUAACCCGUGAAAUGUCUUAGCUGCAUCAUGCACAGUACAUAUUCAAAGGAUACACAAUAUUUAUCCUGGAGAAUGAAGGGCUUUUCCAGAAUGUUUCUAAUACAAACUGCUUUGAUUUCAUUUCAAAACAACUUAAAAAUGCUUUAGUUGGAAGUUAGGUAGCAAGUCUUUGCAUCCACCUUUUUUAAGCAAAAAUUCAUUAGAUGCCUACUGACAUUUUUUAUGAGUGUAAGUACCUGGAAAAAUCUGAUCACAUACCUUACCUUGUAAAACCAUGAGUGUUGCUAUUUCCUUUAUGUCAUUACUGAGUACAUGGCUACCUUUUGCAUGCUUUUGUAAUCUUAUGUAUACACAUAAAUGUAAAUUAUUUUGCAAAUAUG